UGUGGUUGGUUUGAGAUAUUUCCGACAGCAGUUGAAGGCAGCACCGCUUGCUGCCAUCCAUGCAUCCAGUCCUGUCUGUGUUACCUGCUGGCUACUUAACUUAGCUAGCAGCCUUACCUAUCAGUCACUUCUGUUCAGGAAUAAUAAAAUGGACGAGAGACAGAAUGAUUUCAUUUUGUUUUCCGCUCGAUGCGCAGAGGCGAAUUAAGGAAAACAUGGAGACCAUCCAUUUGGUUUUAGUAUUUUAGCUGUUACAGCGUCUUGCUGAGUCCAUUUUGCGUGUAACUGGAAGUGGAAAAGACAAAGAGAAAAGAGCUUUCCAAUAGCUAGAAUGGUUUGGGCCUAAAAAGAAGACAAGAGCAACAUGAACCGUGAGGACCGGAAUGUGCUCCGAAUGAAAGAAAGAGAAAGGAGAAAUCAAGAAAUCCAGCAGGGAGGAGGAGAGGCCUUUCCAGCAAAUUCCCCUCUCUUCCCUGAACCCUACAAAGUUUCCAGCAAGGAAGAUAAACUGUCCAGCCGUAUUCAGAGCAUGCUGGGCAAUUACGACGAGAUGAAAGAGCCGAUUGGUGACACACUUCCAAAGCUUGGCGGUAAACCUUCUAAUAGCUCGUCUUCCUCUGAGGAGAAAUCAGGCCCACCUUUGUUUGGCGGGGAACAGCGUGGCGUCAGUAGCGGUGGCAGCAGCCAGAGCAGUAAGUGGACGCCUGUUGGUCCAGCAGCAGGUGGAUCUUCAUCCCAGUCCCAGAAACGCUCAGGACUCCAGGGUGGGCACGGCAGCCAGAGGGGCAACGGAGGCGGUAGCGGCAGCAGCAGUAGCCAAAGACACGGAGGAGAGGUGCGGGAAAAGAAAUCAAGUAAACACAGCGGAGGUUCAGAGCACUCAAAGUCACACACAUCGAGUCCGGCCAAGGGCUCUCUGAGUUCCUCCAGCAGCAACAGCCACUCACGGAGCUCCUUGUCUGCCGAGCAGCAUCAUAGCAAAGAGCGCUACCGCUCAAAGUCCCCGCGAGACAGAGAGGCCAACUGGGACUCGCCCUCACGGGUUCACACCUCCUUCACCAGUGGACAGCACUCGAGUCAGGCGUUUCCCCCAUCUCUCAUGUCCAAGCCUGGCUCCAUGCUGCAGAAGCCCACGGCCUAUGUGCGGCCUAUGGACGGCCAGGAAACGGCAGAACCCAAGAGCUCACAAGCAGAAAGCUACAGCGGACAGUCGCACAGCAGCACCAUGGGAGAGAUGAAGUCCAACGGCAAGGCCUCACUUUCCAAGCUCAAGAUCCCCUCACAGCCUGUGGAGGGCUCCGGUGACGCCAACUGUGUCGAUGAAAUUCUGAAGGAAAUGACUCAAUCGUGGCCCCCUCCGCUGACAGCCAUCCACACCCCCUGCAAAACAGAGCCCUCCAAGUUUCCAUUCCCUACCAAGGACUCUCACCCUUUUCCAAGCGGACACAAGCGAGGCAGUUCUUCAAAGAGCUCCAGCAGCCACCAGUCCAAAGCUUGCGAUGACCAGCCCACUAUGCUGGAAGAUGACCUGAAGCUGAGCAGCAGCGAAGAUAGUGAUGUAGAACAGGACUCUGCCAAAAAUGCCUCAAGGAACACGUCAGCAAGCAAUAACAGUGAAGGAGCGGAGCAAUCAAGGGAUGACUCUAGCAGCCACAGCGGCUCAGAGAGCAGCUCGGGCUCAGACAGCGAGAGUGAAAGCAGCACGACAGACAGCGAAGCUAACGAGCACCCGCGGCCUGCCUCUCCUGAACCUGAACAACCCAUGGCCAACAAGUGGCAGCUCGACAACUGGUUCAAGAAGGCCAAGCAAUUCUCCCCGGCUUCUCCAGUGGACAACAAUAAUGUUCCAACCAAGUGCAAGAAAGAGGGGAGAGAUAAUAGCUCAGGACGCGGCUAUGGUAGCCAGGGGGGGGGGUCAAAAGACUCAGUGGCACCCACCCCAAGUAGGGACCUACGGGCAGCACAAAAGGGUGCAGAGGGUGGCCGUGGUCGGCAAAAAUCCCCCGCCCAGAGUGAGGGGGGCACAAAUCCGCGAAUCCGCGUGGGUAAAAAACAGCCAAAAAAGUCUGAGAAGCCCCCAGUCGUGGAGGAACCUAAGGGAGGCCUGCGAGUGGAGAGUGAGCCAGCUCCAGAGAUCCCUCCUCAUCGGCCCAAAGCUGCUACUAAAGGUUCCCGCAAACCAAGUAUCAAAAAAGAACCAAAAUCCUCUCCGAGGCCUACCGCAUCUGCUGUCACCGCCACUGUAGAUAAACGCAAGGCCAAGGCACCCACCAAGACUUCGCAGAAGUCUCGUGAGUUUGUUGAUACGGACUCCUCAUCGUCCGACUCUGACGGAAAUGACAGCAACCCGUCCUCAUCACAGACGCCCAAGUACACAGAGAGUAUCAGGACCCCAGUGUGUGUUUUUUCUCCAAUGGAAGAGAAAGAGCUGUUGUCUCCACUGAGUGACCCUGAGGAGCGCUACACUGCGAGGCUGCCUCAGCAGCAGGUUUUACUAGUGAAGAUAGAUCUCAGUUUGCUGUCUAGGAUCCCAGGGCGGCCGUACAAGGAGCCUGUAGAGAUAAAAGUGGAGAGGGACGACUCUCUAGACAGGGACAGCAAAGACUUCAGCAAGCAGAGCUCUGAGAAGAGCUCUAGCAAGGCCAAGAGGAAACACAAGAAUGAUGAAGAAGGCACCAAGCCAGAGAGCAAGCGAUGCAAGCUAGAGGAUAAGCCUGUAUCUCAUCAUAAAAACAGCAGUAAAGAGUCUAAGAGAUCUUUGGAAAAGAAAGAGGAGCCAGUCCCAUCUCCUUCCAUGUCAGGUCUGCAGCGAACGCCCAAGGCAGAGCAUCCGAGUCGGAAGAGGACAGUAAGCCAGUCCUCCACCUCUUUGUCCAGUGGGACAGGGAGUGGAAAGGAGGGGAGCCACAGCAACAAGGGCAACUCCACCUCCAAACACAGAAAGGGAGAGGAGAAGGGACGCAGCACGCGGGAUGGCAAGGAGAAAUCCUCAAAGGGCUGCGAUAACCAGCUGGCUGUGCCUCCGCUCUCCACGGAUGGCUCCAAGUCUCAGAGAUCCAAGCUGGUGUUUGAGGACAGGGUCCAUUCAGCUGAUCACUACUUACAAGAGGCCAAGAAACUUAAACACAAUGCAGAUGCACUGUUGGACCGUUUUGAGAAGGCAGUUUACUACCUGGACGCUGUGGUGUCUUUCAUUGAAUGUGGUAACGCUCUGGAGAAGAGCGCCCAAGAGGCCAAGUCACCCUUCCCCAUGUAUGCUGAAACUGUGGAGCUUAUCAAAUACACUAUGAAGUUAAAAAGCUAUAUGGCCCCAGAUGCUACUUCAGCAGACAAGAGGCUAGCUGUGCUUUGCCUACGAUGCCAGUCCCUUCUCUACCUGAGGUUAUUUAAGCUGAGGAAAGACAGUGCACUAAAAUACUCCAAAACACUCACCGAACACUUAAAGAAUUCUCUGAGUAACACCCAGGCUCCCUCUCCUGGAAUGGGAAAUAAAGCAGCGGGUAUGCCCUCUCCAGUGUCCCCCAAACUGUCCCCGGGCACGGCCGGUGGCUACUCGACAGUCAGCAGCAGCAGCAGCGCCAGCUCGUCUGUGACCAUACCUCAGCGUAUCCACCAGAUGGCUGCCAGCUACGUCCAGGUCACCUCCAACUUCCUGUACGCCACUGAGGUCUGGGACCAGGCUGAGCAACUAUCAAAGGAGCAGAAAGACUUCUUCUUGGAGUUGGACAAGGUGAUGGGUCCCCUGAUCUUCAACACCAGCAGCAUGACAGAACUGGUGCGUUACACACGGCAGGGCCUCCACUGGCUGCGCCUGGACGCAAAGCUUAUUCCCUAGCGAGGACUCACUCCCUGCCCGCUGCUUCCACACACACCCACCACCUCAGCCUCUUGUGCUCAGCAACAUGUGCUCAAAGACACAUGCAUGCCCUCAACGACCGACACACAAAAACAAUUAUGUACUGUAUGCACACACAGUCCACCUCUGGUCCUCCAUGUACACACAGGUGAUGAACUUCUCAGACAUAUCUCCAACACUGUGUCCAUUUUCUACACCAGCUUGCCAAAAACACUGAGCAAUUUAGAAACAUCUCACACCUUCGACGGCACCACCCAGGGAGAAGCAUCGAAAACUGCAACACAGGAGUAAAAAGAGCUUAUCGCCAUACUUCAUAUAUCGGCAUUCUUACAAAAUCUUUGAAGGCCAUGUUUUUAUGUCUUUGGCAUGGAAGCGCUGAAUUAAUUAUUUAUUAUGAAUACACUAAAAGGGGUUUGGUUUUUAGGCUACUUUGGCUUUUAACUUUUUCUUUUACUUUGUUUCACCAAAGUACCUCCCAUAAACACCAAAGGUGCUUUAAAAAUGAAGGUUUCUCUUUAUCAUUUUUGUGCCUUGUAUGUGAGCUACAGGAAAACAAACGUUCACUCGUCCUAUCUGAAUAAAUUAUUUUUCUUCUCCCUCUUUUUUUUGCUAUAGACACAGUUGUCAUUUUAUGCAUUUUUUUUUUAACAUUCAGCGAUUAAUGGAAACUGGCAGCAAUUACGUUUUUUUUAUUGCACUCUUUCAGUUUUUAGUCAAGUCCUCUUAACACAUUUGACAUUUUAGAGCAAAGAUGGUGUCUGCCUCCACUAAUUAAGCUACCAUCUUGAGUGAUCUUUCCUUCAAGUCUCUAGGCACUAGAGGUAAAUCCUGGAGCAUGCCCACAAGGUUUAAGGACUGUAGGAAGGGCUACUGUGCACAGCAUAUUAAUACUUAUGACACACACAUACAGUGAAUAUAUAUAUAUUCUCUUAGAAGUUAUAUUGACCAGUGUAUUUGUUUUGAACAGUGUCAUUUUAUUGUUCAGAAUCACAAACUUGUUGGUCAAACUGAUGAAAUCACUUUGGUCAAGUUGGAUGUAAGGAGCAGCAUGGCCUCUAGGGGCUGCUAGCGGGAGCUUUUAGACUCUCGGCCUUAAUAAAAUUGAUCACGUUGACAUUCUCUAUAAGAGAUUUAUUUCUUAUUUGAAGCUCCAGAAUAAAAGUCUCUUCCUGUGAAAUAUUUUUACCCUUGUAGCUACAUUGUUGACUGAGCAAGGUCCUCGACACAGUCACUUUUAGUCAGUGUUAUUCUUGUUUUGUUUUUGUUUCCUUUUUUUUUUUUUAAUCCCCUUGUUUGCUCAGAGUGCUUUUUUUCUAAGGAACAGCAGGGAGUGUCUUAAGUAUUGAAGAUCAUAUCCAAUUAUGUAUACAAUGCAGUUAUUUACACCGCAGUUUAUAAAAACUGGGCCUGUGUGACCACUAAUUUGGCACAUCGAAAGCAAAUUCACCUGAAAGGAAAGAUGUUUUUUAGAGAGGCAAACUCAUCAGUGAUGCAGACUAGCAGUAUUGCAUUUAUAGAACAAAGAGUUUUAAAUCUAUGAUUAUAUAUUUCAAAUAAGAAGUAUAAAGGCCAAUAUAGAUUUUAUUUAUAUACCAAGCAGUCUUUUUUUUUUUCUUCUGGCCAAGCAGAAGUAUAACGUUUCAAAUGCAUAAGAUUAAAACAGGGUUGAACAGGGGUUAUAAGAUGCAAAGUAUUUGUAUAUGUAAUUGUUCCUAUUUAAAUUUUGAAACCUUAAUCAUACUUGUAUUACAAGACAGUAGGUAUGAAAUGUUUAAGCUAGCUGUUGUUAAUAUGGUUCAGCGGGCAGAGGAGCGACGACAGAGUAUCUGUGUAUGCCAGCUCUCCAGAUAUGAGCAUUUUUCUGUUUAUUUAAAAUUACUGGUUGUCAUCAAAGCAAAUGUGAAUGGCAGUGGUUUUGAACGAAGACGUUUCAUUUGACAUUUUGGUGUUUGGUAAUGGUCAGUGACAUGAAGGACUGUCUGGUUUCUGGUUAUUUUAAGCCCACUUCCUACUAAAACAUGCUGGAAAUAUUAAAGCCUGGACCAAGUAGUAUUCAUGAAAUCUGUUACUGGCUGAUUUUUUUGUUUGAGUCCAUGGGAGAUGUUUUUUGACAAGACUAAAGUGCCAGAAAGUUAAAGAGCUGCAACGGUCUUAAGCUUUCUUGAACUUUUCCUCUACUUUUAAAACUUAAAAUUGGUCUGAAUUUUUGAGUUGCCUCCACCAUUUUUAUCCCAGAGUAACAAAUCUUUAGAAUUACUAUGUGGCCCAGGUUUUACAUUUUUUUUGUUGUGUUUUGUAUUUUCUUUCCUUCACUGGCUCCCUGGCCUUUAUUGUAGGAGGGGAUACUGUUAUUUCCUCUUGCACUUGAAAAAUAGAAAGUCAGAGGAGGUAUUGUUUUAAUCUAUGCAGGAUUUUUACAAAAAAGGAUCUGUUUCUGUGGAGAAAAAAAAAUAAUUUUUAGGCUUGGGAUUUUUUUUCCCCACUUUUUUUUUUUUUCUUUUUUCUUUUUCCUGCCUCAGUGAGAAACCUGUUUAACUCAAGUGUCCAAUGCCUUUAGCUUUUGCAAUUUUGUGUACUGGUUUAGUAUAUAUGUGUAUAUAGAUCUGUUUUUAUAACCAAACACCGAUGGCUUGAGCCAUUUUGUACUUAAAAGCUGGAGGCCACUUUUCUCAUAGGAUUCCUCUGUGGGUUUUGCCAGCCCAGUCAAUGUCUUCAUACACUGGUACACUUUGUAAGUACAGGUCCCGCCUCUUCUAGUCACAUGUACAAAUUUAGCAUUAGAAUAAUUUUUAACUGUUUGCUACUCACACUUAUUUAUUUUUCUGCCCCUUUGCUUAAUGUUUUUUCUCUAUUUUGCCUUUUUAAGAAGUACCAUUUUAUGAAAUAGGAAGAUGUAAAUGUAUUGGGGUUGUUCAUGAUGAGAUUUCAUUGUAAGUAGUAAUUAAUAUUAAUUCUAACUUUGAAGAAUCCAGGGUAAGAUGAGUUUUUUUGACAUUCAGUAGGAAGAUGUUAACACUUGCAUGUUUCUAUUUAAAUACAAAUGUAUAAAUUGUAAAUAUAACAUUUCUUUAAGGGUGAAUUUCUACUACAGGUUGACAUUUUUAUUAAAUUUAAAAAUCCUGUAAAUACAUUUUGUGAGAUACUUUAUGCACAUUUUUUUUUUCUCCGUGGGCUUUUCUGUUCUCUUCUUCCCAGUCUCUUAACACUGUAUAUCAAAUUGAUUUCUCAGUCCUUUUUUCUUACCGUGCUCGUAUACUUGUCUUCUGCUUCACCGUCUCUCAGUAUCAUGUCGCCACAUAAUCAUUAAUGUCUCUAGAUCCAAGUGCGAAUAUUUUGUCUUCUCUGUAUUUGAUAUGGAGGCGUGUACUUUUCAUGAAAUGUAUAUUGUUGAUCUCAUGGGACGGAUGGAUGGCGUGUACUGUCUGUUAUGUAAAACCAUGUCUGUUUCUUCCUCACGAGGGAGAUGUAUUUACUAUGUGUCCCUUUUUGAACAAUUGGUCCAACAUGUCUUUUGAAACAGAGGUAUUUCUCUACACAUCAAAACAGUUGUAGCAGUUUAUACAGUAUGUUGUAUAACACCUUUUUUCUAAAAGUCGUCUCUAAAGUGAGACCUGCAGCAUACACUAUGUACAAUAGUCUAAAUUGGAUUAGUUUUAAGAGAAGUGAUGAUAGAGAUACUAUAUAUGAUGGAUGCAAUAUGAUUAAAGGUACUCAUUGAGUUUGAUCUUCAAACUUAGGUUAUGUAAUUUAAAAGCAUUCUUGUGAAGUGAGUAUUAAUUGUGACUAAUGAGAGUCUGUCCUGAAUAUUCUUUGUAUUUUGCCGUAUUGAGAAAUAAAAUAUAUAUGGAUAUGUUUAA